AUGUUUGAAGGAGACCAGGAGACAGAGACCCACGUAGGGAUGGACGAUGACGGUCACUCUCUGAACGGUCUGAACGGAGAAGAUCAGCUUCAUGAUGUACACGGCUGGAUGGACGUGAUGCAGGACGUGGCAGAUGAAGGACGGUUGGAGAACAGGGUGAUGGGUUGGGAGAGCAGGACGGAGAGUGAGAGACACCUGGACGACGAUGAAGACAACAGAGAUUAUGGAGAUGACGGAUCUCUGGCUGAUGAUGAGGAGGAGGAGGAUGGUGAUGAUGACGAUGAUGAUCACCAGGGUCAUGAUGGUGGUGAUGAAGAUGCACGAAUGUUAGGAAAGAGUUUCUCCUUCACUCCCCAAGUGACCAUCGUCAGAACAACAGCCGAAAAACAGAACCCACACGAUGAUGUCAGAACCAAUGAUGCCAACAUCUGUCUGGAAGAAACGAAGAAAAACAAAACAGAUUUUUCCAAAGAACGGUGUGGCGGUGGGUGUGGCGGUGAGCUGCUGAUGUCGGGCGUGGCUCUGGUAGCGGGUGCUCUCCUGUUCCCUCUCCUGGUGUGGGGGGGUUACGAGCUCUUACCCUUCGAUUCGCCGGCGGUUGGCGACGCCCCCUACAGGCUGGUGUACACCCUGCGCUGUUCCCUCUUCGCCUCGCUGCCCAUCGUACUGGGCGUGUUGGUGUAUGGCGUCUCCAGGCUGAGGUUCAUCUCCAUGACUCCCAUGUUCGAGGGGAAGCGAGAAGACGGCGACGCCCUGCUCCACAUGAGCUUCGUCCGAGACUCCAUACACCUCCUCCUGAUCUUCUUCAUUCAACUGAGCGUCACGUCCACCUACGUCCAGCAGGGGGCGCUGAGGGUGGUGCCGCUGCUCACCGUCGUCUUCUGCUUCGGCAGGUUGAUCUACUGGGUGGCGCUGUACUUCAGGAGCAGUAUCCGGGCGCUGGGAUUCUCUCUCUCCUUCCUCCCUGUACUGGUGCUACUGGGAUUUAACCUCUUCUACAUCUGCUCAUCCACUGAUGAGGGGGCGGUGUUCCACGUAGCCACGCCCACCACAGCCCCGCCCCCUAGAGCCCGCUGGUGGGGGUGAAGACUGAUGCUAAUACGCUCACGGACUCGGUCGAUCACGACUCAGGAGGCACACUGAGUGUCUGGAGUACAUGCAGAAGGUGGAUUGGCUGCUCUGAACUGAGGUGCUGGUGCAGUGCAUUAUGGGUAGUAUACAUACACACUCUACUAGGAACAGUCCAGUGUUUAACAGCCAUUAUUAGCAGCCAAUUCACUGUUAGCAUAGCAUGCUCUUUAACCUGAGUCAGUUAGCAUAGCAUGCUAUUUGCACCAGAGACAUAAAAGCUAUAAGAGGUGUCUGAGGGAGGGCGUGGUCUCCUGGGUCUCUGUAUAUAUAUAUAUAUACAGUAUAUAUAAAUAUAUAUAUAUAAUAUGAUGUUAUGAGUUUGUCUCACCUGAAGGUGGCGCUGAUGAGUUUCUGUAUGAAGCUUUUAUUAAGUGUAAAUAAAUAUUCCUUUUAUUUG